GUCCAGCACAUUGUUUUGCAGGCUUUGCCUACAAGCUUCUUUGCAGUAUAAGCAUAGAAUAUAUACACCCAGGAAAGCAGAAAAGGAUGGAUUUCCAGCGUAGAGCUCACCCCUUCCCCAUCCCGGAGGAUGAAGAGGUUGCGUACAAAGUCGCUCCUGAUGCUCACAACUCUGCAGGGAAUGAAGGCGAGAAACCAGUGUCAAAACUGCAACGUAGGCACAGUGAAAUAAAGCUCUACAAAGAGUUCUGUGACUUUUAUGCAAGAUUCAACAUGGCAAAUGCCCUGGCAAAUGCCAUCUGUGAGCGCUGCAGAGGUGGCUUUGCCCCUGCUGAGAAAAUUGUCAAUAGCAACGGGGAGCUGUACCACGAGCAGUGCUUCGUCUGCGCCCAGUGCUUCCAGCAGUUCCCAGAAGGGCUCUUCUAUGAGUUCGAAGGGAGGAAGUACUGCGAACAUGAUUUUCAAAUGCUUUUUGCCCCUUGCUGCCAUCAAUGUGGUGAGUUCAUUAUUGGUCGUGUUAUCAAGGCUAUGAACAAUAGUUGGCACCCAGAGUGCUUCUGCUGUGAUAUCUGCCAGGCAGUAUUGGCUGACAUUGGAUUUGUCAAGAAUGCUGGCAGACAUCUCUGCCGUACUUGCCAUAACAGGGAAAAAGCCAGAGGUCUGGGAAAGUACAUUUGCCAGAAGUGUCAUGCCAUUAUUGAUGAACAGCCUCUCAUAUUCAAAAAUGAUCCUUAUCACCCUGAUCAUUUCAACUGUGCUAACUGUGGGAAGGAACUUACUGCUGAUGCUCGUGAGCUGAAGGGAGAGCUCUACUGCUUACCCUGCCAUGACAAAAUGGGUGUGCCCAUCUGUGGGGCAUGUAGAAGACCAAUUGAAGGCCGUGUGGUGAAUGCUAUGGGCAAACAGUGGCACGUGGAGCAUUUUGUUUGUGCAAAAUGUGAAAAGCCAUUCCUGGGUCAUCGUCAUUACGAGAGAAAAGGCUUAGCAUAUUGUGAAACCCACUACAAUCAG